UUAAAGCUACCAGGGAUCACUUGGAUUUCCUUCACGUAGAAGGUUAAUUGUGGGGUGGUAGCUACACAAUUACCAUAAUAACAUGGACCAGUACUACUACUCACGGGCUGAUCGGGUCUCACCAGACUUGGAAAAUGAAGAUGUUAGUUACAAGGUAGGUUUUAGCAUCAAUAAUAAGGAGGUCUGUGUCAAUGGGAAGACACCACAGAAUAUAUCAUCUUCCAUUUUGCGCAAUAAAUCUGAUCCAAUGCUUGUUUCGUCAAGUGCUCGGUUUCAAAUGCUUUGGCAUUUCCUGACCAAUCUUCAAGAAGUGAUUCUUGGAACUAAGCUGGCUGUUCUCUUCCCAGCCAUUCCUCUAGCAAUUGCUGCUGACUAUUACAAGUUUGGAAGACCAUGGAUAUUUGCUUUGAGCUUGCUUGGACUCACCCCACUAGCAGAACGUGUCAGCUUCCUCACCGAACAAAUUGCGUACUUCACCGGUCCAACAGUUGGAGGUCUCCUUAAUGCAACAUGUGGCAAUGCAACAGAGUUGAUAAUAGCGUUGUUUGCUCUCUACCAGAACAAAAUACAUGUCUUAAAGUAUUCUCUUUUGGGUUCCAUUCUGUCAAAUCUCCUUCUAGUUCUUGGGACUUCUCUCCUAUGUGGAGGCUUGGCCAACCUAAAAAGGGAACAAAGAUAUGAUAGAAAGCAGGCUGACGUGAACUCCCUACUUUUAUUACUGGGGUUGUUGUGCCACAUGUUGCCACUGAUGUUCAGAUAUGCGAUAGGGGAAGGAACCGCCACCGCCUGCUCUACUCUUCAGUUGUCCAGAGUGAGCAGCAUUGUUAUGCUUAUAGCAUAUGUUGCUUAUAUCUUCUUCCAGCUGAAAACUCACAGGCAACUGUUUGAUGCUCAAGAGGAAGAAGGUGAUGACGAGGAAGAAAAGGCGGUGAUAGGAUUUUGGAGUGCAUUUACUUGGUUGGCUGGCAUGACAAUUAUCAUAGCUUUGUUAUCUGAGUAUGUUGUGGGCACAAUUGAGGCUGCAUCAGAUUCUUGGGGCAUUUCUGUCAGUUUUAUCAGCAUAAUUUUGCUGCCUAUAGUGGGGAAUGCUGCAGAACAUGCUGGAUCGAUCAUAUUUGCUUUCAAGAACAAGUUGGACAUAUCUUUAGGUGUUGCUUUAGGUUCUGCCUCUCAAAUUUCAAUGUUUGUGGUCCCUUUAUGUGUUGUUGUUGCUUGGAUGAUGCACAUCCGUAUGGACCUUGAUUUCAGUCUCCUCGAAACUGGUUCUCUUGCUUUCACAAUAAUUAUCACGGCCUUCACUUUACAGGAUGGAACUUCACACUACAUGAAAGGAAUGCUUCUUUUCCUGUGCUACAUUGUUAUUGCUGCAUGCUUUUUUGUUCAUAAAAUUCCUCAGAAUCAAAUCUCGGAAGGCAAACCAUUUACUGGACUAUUUUCAGCAUAGCUGCAUUUGCGUGUGGGGCUUGAUCCCCACAAAGAUUGGUCCACGGAUCAAUUCCGUGCAUUGGCAUUCUGGUAAUAGAGGAUGGUAUGGUAAAUGAGAGCCUUUAAGAGAGUUGUGAGGCCAUCAAAAGUUGAGACUGGCAUUUUUCGUAUUUACAAAGGAGCUCUAGAGAAGAAACACAACUACUCAUAGAACAAGUUUCUGUAUCGCUACGUGUUUAUGUCUUCCCAAUAAUAUUUCGGUAAUGAAUUGAAGUACAAAAGCAGUAGUGCAGAAAUGCAUAUAGUUUUUUCCCUGUAGAUGUUAGUUUGCAUGUAUUUGAUUAAAUUCACUGUACUAUGUUGUUUAUGAGAAUAAUCUGUCUUCACUUCUUGCAAUGCAAUAAUCGAAUUAAUAAAGAUAGACUUUCGAUAUCA